AUGGAGGACGCUCCCCCAGGUCCCCCCCAGCCCUCAGUGGAGCUCCUGGAGCAGCCUCGUUCCCGAGGGCUCCGGUUCCGGUACCGGUGUGAGGGUCGGUCAGCAGGGAGCAUCCCUGGGGAGCACAGCACAGACAGCGCGCGCACGCACCCCACCAUCCGCUAUAAACCAGUAUACACCAGUAUAAACCUGUAUAGACCAGUACACACCAUCCGCUGUGAGGGACGGUCAGCUGGGAGCAUCCCUGGGGAGCACAGCACAGACAGCACGCGCACGCACCCCACCAUCCGCGUGAACAACUACCGAGGCCCCAGCCGGGUUCGGGUGUCGCUGGUGACCAAGGACCCCCCCCACCGGCCCCACCCCCACGAGCUCGUGGGCCGGGACUGCCACGAUGGUUACUAUGAGGCUGAGCUGCCCCCCGAGCGCAGCGUGCACAGCUUCCAGAACCUGGGAAUUCAGUGCGUGAAGAAGAGGGAGCUGGAGGCAGCUGUGGCCGAGCGCAUCCGCACCAACAACAACCCCUUCAAUGUGCCGGCCGAGCAGCGGGGGGGGGAGUACGACCUGAGCUCUGUGCGUCUCUGCUUCCAGGUGUGGGUGAGGGGCACAGGGGGGGGGUGGCUGCCCCUCCCCCCCCUCCUGUCCCAGCCCAUCUAUGACAACCGAGCCCCCAGUGCAGCCGAGCUCCGGAUCUGCCGCGUGAACAGGAACUGUGGGAGCUGCCGAGGGGGAGACGAGAUCUUCUUGUUGUGUGACAAGGUGCAGAAAGAGGACAUCGAGGUUCGGUUCUGGGCCGAGGGCUGGGAGGCUCGCGGCUCCUUCGCCCAGGCUGACGUGCACAGACAAGUGGCCAUCGUGUUCCGGACUCCAGCAUUCCAGGAUCCGGGAAUCCGGCAGCCCCACAGCGUCCACAUGGAGCUGCAGCGGCCGUCAGACAGGCAGCGCAGCCAGCCCAUGGAGUUCCGGUACCUGCCGCAUCAGGGGGACCUGCAGUGCAUUGAGGACAAGCGCAAGCGCACUCGGGACACCUUCCGCUCCUUCGUGCAGCGCAGCCCAAUGCCCGGUCUCGCCCCCCCCGAGCCCCGCCCCCCCCGGCGCUUUGCGGUGCCCUCCCGGCCCUGCCCAGCCCCACAGCCCCCCCCGGCCAUGGGUGAGCAACUGGGGGGGACUGGGGUUACUGGGAGCCACUGGGAGCUAUUGGGGUGCUACUGGGAGUGA